GCAACAGGCUUUCCAACACCGCGAACAAGCUCCUUCUUUUGCUUCUAACUCUCUCCCAGCUUCUCUCCUCUCCUCCCCAGAGCCAGUGUUAUAGAACCAGGGAUAAAGAAUUGGAAUCAUGGCGGUCCGCGCACAAUUCGAGAAUUCAAAUGAAGUCGGUGUCUUUUCUACACUCACAAAUGCAUAUGCCAUCGUCGCAGUUGGAGCUUCGGAGAACUUCUACAGUGUCUUUGAAGCUGAACUCCAAGAUGUCAUUCCUAUCUGCCAUGCCACGAUUGCGGGGACGAGGAUAGUAGGACGGUUAACCGCUGGUAAUCGCAAAGGCCUUCUAGUCCCUACCACCACCACCGACCAAGAACUUCAGCACCUGCGCAACUCGAUUCCCGAAGCCGUCAAGAUCCAGCGGAUAGAAGAGCGGCUCUCCGCGCUCGGAAACGUGAUAUGUUGCAACGACCACGUCGCCCUCGUGCACCCGGACAUCGAGCGGGAAACCGAGGAAAUAAUAGCAGACGUGCUGGGUGUCGAGGUAUUCCGACAGACAAUCGCAGACAACGUGCUCACGGGCAGUUACAUGGCAUUGAGCAAUCAGGGCGGAAUCGUGCACCCGAAGACAAGCAUUCAGGACCAGGACGAGCUGUCGAGUCUGCUGCAGGUGCCGCUAGUGGCGGGGAGCGUGAAUAGAGGGAGCGCGGUUGUGGGCGCGGGCAUGGUAGUUAAUGACUGGAUGGCUGUUACUGGUCUCGACACAACGGCCACAGAGCUGUCCGUUGUUGAAUCGGUUUUCCGGCUUGGCGAAGGCCAUGGCCCGCAAAACAUCAAUACCACGCACAAGGACGCGAUGGUGGAAUCUUUCUACUAAAUCAGAUCUCCUCGGCAAAGGUCUCGCCGCUCCCUAGUUUUAGAUCAGUGGCACGCCCCUCGGAUUGAGAGGCUCGGAUCGGCGCAUGGCGUCUGGAGAAAAUGGAGCAUGGAAUAUGGAUGCCGGGGAUCACCUGGAAUGGCCAUAGGCUCCUUCUGGUGUAGAAAAUGAUAUACUACCAGUGUCCGACAAUACUGCUUUGGCUGAAUUUGAUCAUUACCUAUGUAACUAGCAGUGAAAAUGAAGAUGGAAA